GCGCCGUAGGCCCGACCGCGCGCCGGCGGCCGCGAUGGCGGACGUGUCCGAGAGGAAGUUUCAGCUGUCCGUGCUGUUGGCCUUCGCCUCCGGGGUGCUCGUGGGCUGGCAGGCGAACCGGCUGCGGAGGCGCUACCUGGACUGGAGGAAGCGAAGGCUGCAGGACAAGCUGGCGGUGAUGCAGAAGAAACUGGACCUGGCCUGAGCCCGCGGGCCCCGCCGCCCCCGCGCGCCCCCUCGCCGCGCGCCCCUUCGCCUUGCCCGCGCGGGGCCUCCAGCCUGAGCCAGCCUCCUCCGCAGAGCCCAGUGCCGCUUGUCGAAGAUGGAUAGAAAUCAUCUGUCCUUACACUUUAUGAAUCAAUUUUAUUUUUAAAAUAAAAUGUUAAACAUC